UGGACACAAAAUAACCUGAAAUGUGCACAUUCUUUCGCCCCUUCUUGUCAUUGCAUCCCAUAAACAGUUUGUUUUUAUAAACAAUUAGAUUUUUUGUCAUUUAUCACCCUAUAGUAGGCCUUCCUACACAACAAGAAUUUUACUGUAGAUAGAUAAGUCAAACUCGCAAUCUGUAUCCAUGGAAUAAACAGCUUUUUAAAAAAUUAUUAUUACUAAUUACAGUUAUCCUACUGCUCUGCUUGCUGUGUCUGGUCUGGUUAUGUUUAGAGGGGAUUUACUUAAGCCUAUUUAAAAUUCAGUUCCCAAAUCUUAACCAUGCUGGGAUGGUUACCGGUUUGAAGGUAUCUCAAGGGUUUAAAAAGUAAAGGUAUCAGAUAUCGAUAAAACUCACUAGACUGGUAAACAGCUAUUUUUUUUAUAAAGACAAAGCCACCGAUCUGCUAAUUUUUAGUUUAUGUUGGUCUGUGCAAGGUGGCAACUUUUUCAAAUGUACCAGAUCAUUUCCAGAACAGACAGAAAGAACCAAAUAACCUCCUCAAAUCCAAGGCAUUGGCUGUUUCUCAACACUAAUCUUAAUUAUACACAAGCUAAGUGGAUGCAAGUCCCAGUCCUUUUUUAAUAUUCAUAUUUUAGUUAGCAUUUUCUUGUUUUUAGCUGUGAUUCUGUUUAAGCCUAAACAAUAUAAUGGAUUGUUCACCCAGUAAUUGGGAAGCUGACAAAGCUAUGUUGUUAAUGGUUUCUGUAUGUUUAGUUGUUUUGUUCUUGUUCUUCUUGUUGUUGUUGUUGUUUUUGUAGCAGGGCUGACCAAAAAGGACUAAAGGAAUCAGGGAGCCCCUGACAACACCAUAAGUAAACCACAUCUGUUCUAAAAGUACCUUACAGUAAUGAGAAAUUGUGAUUUAACAAAUCUUUAUUCAUUAAUGAACAUUAAGUUAGUAUGCAAAAUGUUUAUUACUUUAACAAAUUGGUUGUAAUUGUACAACAACAACAAUAAUAAUUCAAUGGAAAUACAGUUGUUCUUAACCCCAUUUUGUCAAUAUAAUAUAUUUUAGAGCUUAAAUUUUAUAUCAUGACGGUGAUAUUUCUGCUAAGGGUCGUCCUGCCGUCAGAAUCUGAUACCGGCCUAUGUCUAGUUGGUCAGCUUGGGGUAUCUCUGUAAAAGCCUUUUUCUCUACUCAUUCCAUUCACGCCUCCCAUCUCAUUUCGUGCUCUCUUCUCUGUCUCUCGCUCUCCCGCCCCUGUCUCUUCUGUUUGAGUCACCAACGUUGCCUUAUAAGGCUACAGCCCUCUACUCCCAGCGAAUGACGUGAAUGAGGCACAAAUUGUCAAUCAAUAACAUUGCCCCGAUACUUCAGCUUGAUUUGGACUGCCGUUGCAUUUAGUUUUGUUUGUACCAAAAUCUCCACCAUCAUAUCAGGUUUUUCAGCCUCCUUCUGCAAACCAUCCAUCUUUCCCUCCUUUACCCAGCCAGUGCGCUGCGUCAUGAACAGUCACAUGACUACCUCAUUUGCUCUGUAGUGGCAUCACGUAGUUGCAAUUCAGUUCAAAAGACAUUUCUGAUUUGAACUGCCUCAUGCCCCCUCAUUCUUGUUCAUUGUGUCAUUCUUUUUGUUCUUUUGUGUCUUUCUUAUUCAAUGGAAGCUUUCUAUAGGAAAUAAUGCGUGUGAAAAUCUGCUAGCCUGGGGCCAAAUCCCACCAAUCAAAACAAAGGAAGUCCAAGCUUUCUCUAUAAAGACUAAUUACUCAUAAACAACUCCAUCAUCCCUCGGCUGUCUCCACUCACUUGUCUCUUGAAAUGUUCCAGAGCCAAAGACAAAAGUGUGUUCCUCAUCCCCUACCUGCUGAUAGUGUUCAUUGGGGGCAUCCCUGUCUUCUUCCUGGAAAUCGCUUUGGGACAGUUUAUGAAACAGGGAGGGCUUGCCGCCUGGAACAUUGCACCUCUUUUCAAAGGUUUGGGUUUGGCCUCAAUGGUGAUUGUGUUCUUCUGUAACACCUACUACAUUAUGAUUCUGGUGUGGGGUCUCUACUUUCUCUACCACUCUUUCAACGACCCACUACCGUGGGCCACCUGUGGACACCCUUGGAACACCCCUAACUGUAGAGAGGACUUCAGCCGCAUCUGCCACAACGACAGUGCUGUUCAGACGACCAAACUCAUUACCUCUGUGCCGCCAUGGAACGUGUCAACGACUAUGUUAUUCCGCAACAACAGCUGCAUGGAAACAGAAGGCAUGCGCUCCCCUGUCAUCGAGUUCUGGGAACGCAAAGUUCUCCGUCUGUCAAGGGGCCUUGAUGAACCUGGUGACAUCAGCUAUGAGAUGGUACUGUGUCUUCUCGCCACCUGGGUCAUUGUUUACUUCUGCAUAUGGAAAGGAGUUAAAUCUACAGGCAAAAUUGUAUACUUCACAGCUCUGUUCCCUUAUGUGGUUAUGGUUGUACUACUGGCCCAUGGUUUCACCCUACCUGGAGCAAUGGAUGGGAUUAUAUACUACCUGAAACCAGAUUGGUCAAAACUCGGAGAAGCGCAGGUGUGGAUUGAUGCUAGUACCCAGAUAUUCUUCUCCUAUGCCAUCGGACUGGGUGCCUUGACUGCACUUGGCAGCUACAACCGCUUCAACAACAACUGUUACCAGGAUGCUUUUGUGCUGGCACUCAUUAACAGUGGAACCAGCUUCUUUGCAGGCUUUGUUGUAUUCUCUGUGUUGGGUUUCAUGGCAGCAGAGCAAGGUGUGGACAUCAGUAAGGUUGCCGAGAGUGGACCUGGCCUGGCGUUUAUAGCUUACCCGAAGGCUGUGACCUUGAUGCCUGUUGCACCACUCUGGGCAGCGCUCUUCUUCUUUAUGUUGCUUGUAUUGGGUCUGGACAGUCAGUUUGUCGGAGUAGAGGGCCUGAUAACUGGAAUCAUGGACAUGCUUCCUCCCAAGUCUGCCCUGGGCUCCUUGCGGCGAGAAGUUGUAGCAGCCAUCUGCUGCGUCAUCUGCUUCUUCAUUGACUUGUCCUUCGUCACAGAGGGAGGCAUGUAUGUCUUCCAGUUGUUUGACUACUAUUCUGCCAGUGGCAUCACUCUGCUGUGGCAAGCUUUCUGGGAGUGUGUGGUGAUUGCUUGGGUCUAUGGCGCGGACCGUUUCAUGGAUGAUGUGGCUCGCAUGAUUGGCUAUCAUCCCCUUCCCUACAUGAAGUGGUGUUGGUCCUACGUCACACCCCUCCUCUGCAUGGGAGUGUUCUUCUUCCAUGUGGUGAACUAUAAACCAUUAACAUACAACAAUGUGUACACAUACCCCUUGUGGGGUGAAUUGUUUGGCUGGGUAUUAGCCCUGUCCUCCAUGCUUUGUAUCCCACUCACUGUUGUCUACAAGUUGCUGCGCUGCAAAGGACCGCUGUGUGAGCGCUGGCAGCACCUGACCACCCCAGUUUGGGGCAGACAUCACCUGGAGUACCUUGCCCCAGAGAGCGAGGCCAAACUACUGCCUCUUGCAGGAUGCAAGAAUGACCAUCUCUUCGAAAGUGCCGUCUGAUUGACAAAACCCAUUAGCGGUCAAAGUCAAGGUUGUCCUUUUACAUUCGUUUCCUGACACUAGUUCACCAAGCACUGAUAGAAUUUACACCCAGCAUUGAAGUCGUAAGACCAAGAUUCACCUUUAAAAGUUAGAACAAUGGCUAAUACCCACACAAAUGGACCAAACAUUAGAUUGAAAAAUAAGUGAGUCCUCCCCCAAGUUGAGGCAAUACACUAUUGCCUCUCCUGCUCUUCCCUACUCCUUGACUCUACACUGCUGAGUUGCUCCUCCUUUUCUGCUUCUUGUGCUGUCCUGUUGCGUGUGGUUGCUCUUCGGCGCUUCUGUCGGGGUCUCACCAGCUUCAUCCUGUUCAAUGCAGUCAAAUCACUUAGUGAACAUUUUCUGAGAGUAUUAGUAUCGUAUCUGCUGCUAAAAUGCCAUGGUCUGAGAAUCUCUGUGUGCGGGUGCACAUGUGAGUGUGUGUGAAUGAAAGAGAAUGUGCCAAACUUUGACAGCUGAACUCCACCAACUUAAAUCCAUCAGAAAUUGUAAAAAAAAAAAUUUUUUUAAAGUCUCACUUAACAAAAAAGAAUGACAAAACAUCCAUCUCCACAGCCAAAUGUUUCGAUCUACGUAUCCAGUGUUUGUGUAGGGUCUGUGAUUUAGUGUCAUCAAUAUUAGAACAGCAACAUUAUCAGUAUUUCCCCCUGAAGAAAGUUAGACUAGUAUUAGAAAAAUCACAGGAAGGGUGACAGUAUGGACGGCUAUGAGAGAAUCAAUAAAAGAUUUAAAAA